CUGCGUGUUGGUGGGCGGGGUUUGAACUGCCGCUUGUUGAUUAUGUGAAGCUGUCGCUCGGAAGUGAUCCAUGUGUCUGUUCUGACUCACUGUACUGUGAAGUGCCGAUCACCGGACCGGUCCGUCCAACUGCCGUUGAUUUAUUUGGUCGUCAGAGACUCUUCCGGGCGUGUGUCAUCCCAUCAUGUCUAAAGACACGGAGGCUAAAAGCGAGGAGAUUAUGGAGUCGAAGGUGCUCUGGUACCCGGACACUAAACGAAACACACAAAUGGACCGAUUCCGGGCGCAGGUCAACCGGGAUUUUGGGCUCAAUCUGGCCAAUUACAAUGACCUGUAUCAGUGGUCUGUGGACAGUUAUCCUGAAUUCUGGGCACAAGUGUGGAAAUUCUGCGGUAUCAUCUACUCAAAGAUGUAUGAUGAGGUGGUUGAUGUGUCUAAACGGAUAUCAGAUGUACCUGAAUGGUUUAAAGGUAGCCGGCUGAAUUAUGCAGAGAAUCUGCUUAAACACAAAGACCAGGACAAAGUGGCUCUUUACGCCGCUACCGAGGCGAAUGAAGAGAUUGUCAAGGUGACGUUUGGAGAGUUAAGGCGUGAUGUCGCUCUCUUUGCUGCAGCCAUGAGGAAGAUGGGCAUCAAAACUGGAGACAGGGUUGUAGGAUAUCUCCCCAAUGGGAUUCAUGCCGUGGAGGCAAUGCUCGCUGCAGCCAGUAUAGGUGCCAUCUGGAGUUCAACCUCUCCAGAUUUUGGUGUGAAUGGUGUUUUAGACAGGAUCUCUCAGAUCCAGCCCAAGCUGAUCUUCUCAGUAGCAGCUGUUGUGUAUAACGGCAAGCAGCACGACCACAUGGAGAAACUUCAGAAUGUUGUUAAAGGUCUCCCUGACCUGAAGAAGGUUGUGGUCAUUCCAUACGUUCGAUCUCGAGAAGAGACGGACCUUUCCAAGAUCCCAAACAGUGUUUUCCUGGAGGACUUCUUGGCGACUGGUAAGGAGGGCGAUCAGGACCCUCAGCUGGAGUUUGAGCAGUUGCCCUUCUCUCAUCCUCUCUUCAUCAUGUACUCCUCUGGCACCACAGGAGCCCCUAAAUGCAUGGUGCACUCUGCUGGGGGUACUCUCAUUCAACAUCUUAAAGAACACGUUCUGCAUGGCAACAUGACCUACAAUGAUGUCAUCAUAUAUUACACUACGGCGGGCUGGAUGAUGUGGAAUUGGCUGAUGUCUUCUUUAGCCGUUGGGGCGUCUGUGGUUCUGUACGACGGUUCUCCUCUCGUUCCCACCGCGAAUGUUCUCUGGGACCUGGUAGACCGCAUCGGAAUUACUAUUUUUGGGACUGGAGCGAAGUGGCUGUCUGUGUUAGAGGAGAGAAAUCUAAAACCAGCAAACACACACAACCUGCAGACCCUCCACACCCUGCUGUCUACAGGAUCUCCAUUGAAACCUCAGAGCUAUGAGUAUGUGUACAGCUGUAUCAAGAAUAAUAUGCUCUUGGGAUCCAUAUCAGGUGGCACAGACAUUAUUUCAUGCUUCAUGGGUCAGAAUAUGACCGUGCCAGUGUACAGAGGAGAAAUACAGGCCCGAAAUCUUGGCAUGGCUGUGGAGUCCUGGGACAUUGAAGGUAAACCUGUUUGGGGUGAAAGCGGAGAGCUUGUGUGUUUGAAGCCCAUCCCAUGCCAGCCCACUCAUUUCUGGAACGACGAAAACGGCAGCAAAUAUCACAAAGCCUAUUUUUCCACCUUCCCAGGAGUAUGGGCUCAUGGUGAUUACUGCAAGAUAAAUCCUAAAACAGGAGGUGUCGUCAUGUUGGGAAGAAGUGAUGGAACCUUAAAUCCUAAUGGUGUUCGGUUUGGAAGCUCGGAAAUAUAUAACAUUGUGGAGGCUUUUGAGGAGGUAUCGGACAGCCUUUGUGUCCCUCAGUACAACAGUGAUGGAGAAGAGCGGGUGAUUCUGUUCUUAAAGAUGGGACCCAAUAAAACCUUCAGUAAAGAGCUGGUUGGUAAGAUCCGGGGGGCUAUCAGAGUCGGUCUCUCUGCCCGCCACGUGCCAGCUUUGAUACUGGAAACCAAGGACAUUCCGUACACAAUCAGCGGUAAGAAAGUUGAAGUUGCAGUAAAGCAGGUGAUAGCGGGUAAAGAGGUGACUCAGCGAGGAGCCUUCUCAAACCCCGACUCUUUGGACCUCUACAAGAACUUGCCUGAACUUCAGAACUUCUGAUCAUGGGAGAAAGGUACAAAAUAUCAGAAUUCCUGACACCAGGGUCCGGCAUUUCUAAAGCCCCUUCGGUAGGGUUCAGAUUCCCCGGAUACCUUUUGGACCAUCUGCAGGACCUUUCAAAGCUCUGUAGGAUUUAACUACCCGUUCAAACUUGGCUACCUAGUGGAACUGCUUAAAUUUGUACAUGUAAUAUUUCCACAAGAGAAGUGUAAGUCAGUUCCUCUUCAGUAGAAAGUGAAGAACGGCAUUGAGAUUUCCGAGAACUUGCAUCUCUGUGAGACAUUUUAUCUGUUAUUGAUUCCAACAAAUAUUCUUUUCAAAGGACGCACCGCAGUCACAAACAUUAAAUGUCCGUCCCCUUUUCCAAAUCAUUUUUUUAUCCUCUGCCAUGUCAGUCCUGUAUUUUAACUCCCCUUGACACUAAUUUUGCUCAUCUUUAUGAGUCAAAUGUAUGUUACUGAAUAAUGUCAACUUCCAUUAUUUCCCAAAGCCUAACCACCUCUCUUGAAACUAUGACUAUGUUAUAGGAUUUUUUACCUAUGUCCUGUUACUAAGUGAAUCUGCUGUAUUUUUCAACAUGUCAUCUCCAAAUAAGAUUUGAUUGAAUCUGAUAUAGCUCAUGGACCUAAAAGGUGUACCUGUAUUUUUACAUGUAUAGAUUCAUUAUGAGCUGCUUGUAUUGUGUGUAAAACAUAGUGUAUGUCCAUUAACAGUGACAUUGUUUGUUCUCUUGUCUGAUAAGCUUUAUAUUCGAUGGGAAAAGUUUUUGUCAACAUUUGAAGCUCAUCUUCAUAACUGGAGUACAUUUGUCUGCCUGUCUAAUCCAUGUUCUUCCCAUAUUCCCAAACCUGUGAAUCUCCUUUUUGCCGUCCAUCACAUGUAGGGUCAAGGCGUUGCCUAUUAUUGAUUCCUCUGUUAACUUUUUUUUAAUAUCAACCCCAAUAUAUAUUUAUCAUCUGAACAGUGUUUACUCUCAGAAAACAGGUCAAAAAUGGUCCCUGGCUGUUACUGGGCCUUUGCACCUAAAGAGGUCAUAUUAGUACCUCAGAACUACAUCAUGGUACUAAAGAGUGCACAUUAUUACCUUAAAGCAGUGCUUCCCCCUACCAAAAAGUCUCCUUAUUUAAAACAACUGAUUCAACUUAUCAGCCUUCUUCCAAAAUGGUAAUCAUGUCUCCCCAACAAGCUGAUGAGUUAAAUCAGGUGUGUUAAAUAAGAAGACAUCUAAAACUUUUUGGGAGGGGGUGCCCGAGGACCAGGAUUGGGAAGCACUGCCUUAAAGAUACAUUUUAGCUCCUCAAAGGUACAUACUGUUACCAAAUGUAUGCAUAUCAGUACUUAAAUGGUACAACUUGCAAACAGUAUGAAGAUUACUGCCCAGAUAGGGACCAUUUUUCUGACAGUGUACACAUUUGAGAAAGCUGCGAGAUUCUACAAAUCAAAAAGCAUGAAAACUUUAACAAAUUAUAUCUAGAUAGCCUCUUAAAAAGUAAUUACAUCCCAAAAAUGCUUUGUAUAAGAGUAAAAAAAAGUCUGGUGGUCAGUCUAAGUUUCUAAGAUAUGAUUUAAAACCAGAAUGGAAAGUAUGAGAUAUAAACUGACUGUUUGACACAGGGUUGCCAGGUUUUCUCAGCAAAACCCCCCAAUUGCGCUUUUCGAGGGGGUCCUCUGGUAGAAAUCGUGUUCUUGGGGUAAGAUCUGUGUUUUUGCCAGGGUUCAUCCCGGUAGACAAAUUGUAGUAUGAGUUUAAUAUCACAUUAUUAUAGCUUCAACUUGCGGACAUGAAAAACAGCCUGCUGCAAAAGUUUUAAAGGAUUAGUCAAUUUUCUUAAAAAAAUCCAGAUAAUUUACUCACCACUAUGUCAUACAAAAUGUUGAUGUUUUUCUUUGUUCAGUCGAGAAUAAAUUAUGUUUUUUGAGGAAAACAUUCCAGGAUUUUUCUCAUUUUAAUUGACUUUAAUGGACCCCAAAACUUAACAGUUUUAAUGCAGUUUAAAAUUGCAGUUUCAAAGGACUCUAAACGAUCUCAAACGAGUCAUAAGGGUCUUAUCUUGCGAAACGAUUGUCAUUUUUGGCAAGAAAAAUAAAAAAUAUGCACUUUUAAACCACAACUUAUUCCUCCGGUCGUGUGACGCGCCAGCGCGACCUCACGUAAUACGUUAUCACGUCAAGAGGUCACGAUGACGUCCCAGUGUUUACAAGUUUGGAGAAAGAGGACCGUUCCGACUUUGUUGUAGGUCGAAUUAUACGUAUUAAUGUCUUUGUGUCAGUGUCUAAUGUGUGUUUCAUAUAUGUAACACGUGACCUUUCGACGUCAUUACGCAAUUACGUGAGGUCGCGCUGGUGCAUCACAGGACCGGAGGAAGACAAGAAUUUGUGGUUUAAAAGUGCAUUUUUUUAUUUUUCUUGCCAAAAAUGACAAUCGUUUCGCUAGAUAAGACCCUUAUGACUCGUUUGGGAUCGUUUAGAGUCCUUUGAAACUGCAAUUUUAAACUGCAUUAAAAAUGUUGGGGUCCAUUAAAGUCCAUUAAAAUAAGAAAAUUCCUGGAAUGUUUUCCUCAAAAAACAUAAUUUCUUCUCGACUGAACAAAGAAAGACAUCAACAUUUUGGAUGACAUGGUGGUGAGUAAAUUAUCUGGAGUUUUUUUUUUUAAGAAAAUAGACUAAUCCUUUAAAGUAGCCCAAUUCUGCGGGAAAACCCAGGACUUGGCAACCCUGGUUAGACAUGCUCUAGUUCAGUGCUUCACAAUCCUGGUCAUCAAGCACCCUCUUCCAAAAUGUUGAUGUUUCCUUAUUUAAAACACCCGAUUCAACCAAUCAGCAUCUUUCCAACAUGGUAAACACGUCUCCCUAACACGCUUUCAGGUGUGUUAAAUAAGGAGACAUCUAAAACUUUUUGGUAGGGGGUCCUCAAUUACCAAGAUUCGGAAACACUGCUCUAGUUUAUAGAAAUCAUCAAAAAAAUGUGAUUUGGAUACAAAAAUUGAAUUUAUAAAGGCACCUUAAAGCAAAUGGAUGGUUUUGGCUAUAAAGCUGAAAGAAAUGUUACGCUGCAGCCUCUCCAAAAGCCAAAAAGUAUUUGGCAUUUUAACAGUUUUAAACUAACUAAUUUCGCAUUAAUUUUGUGUGUGAUGCUAUUUCAGCAUUUGUUUACAACAGAGAAGCCCACAGGCUGUUAUUUGAGCAUUUCAGUUCGUUAUGCAUAUUUUGGGCUGAAAGUCAACUUGUUUGGUGGAGGCGUGUGUGCAUUUAAAAUGGUUGUGUUUGGUUUUUUUCAACUAUAGUGAGGAAAUCAUGCAAUUGACCUCAAUGAGGGUCCCUUUUUAGCAGGCCUGAGGCCUGAGUUACAGACCACAGGCUUUGGGAAGCGUUUUUAAUAUGAGAUGGCGAGGGUGUGAAGCUCCUUUUCUUUCAAAUUAAAAAUAUUGGUACAGAUGGUAAGCAGUUGCUGCAGUCUGGUUUAGACGAGCAGGGGUGGGUCUGUUUCACCUCAUGCCCACCCGUGUGCCACCAUAUGCCCCAUCUCGGAUCAGUUUUGCUCAAUAAGCUACCAAAUACCAAGUAUGUUUAUACGAUUCAUCCAUUUAACCCUUUAUUGACAUGCAAUGCACUAGAAAUUAUUUUUCCAUACUCUUAUCAAUUCCAUGAAUGAUGUCUGUUUCAUUUUUAUUAUGAUGUUAUUUUUCCUUUUUGAUACAUACGGGAGGUAAUUUAAGGUUUUGUUUGGGGUCCUUUAUAUUGUAUUACAUUAAAUUAAAUGUAAUUGGUAUACAACUAGUAAUCAAAAGGUGCUGCUGUUGUAAUGUACAAGCUUUUGAAAUAAUAUUGCACAUAGGUGAAUGUGAAUAAUGGAUACUAAUAUAGUUGAGAAUAUAUUUGUGUAAAUAUAUUAUGACUAUACAUCAAUGGACCACUUCAGCAGAGUCCACCGGGAACCUAUUUAAUGUAUAAAGUUGCUCAUUAAUCUCUGUAUAAUUGAAAACUUACUGUAUAAUUAAAAAAAACGCUGAAGAA